AUGACAAAGGAUCCCGAAGCCCAGUAUGAGGCCCUAAGUCUAACCGAGCUCAAAAGCAAUGUCCAGGAGAAGAGCGUCAUUGGAUACAGCGUGAACUUCACCAUAGGUGGAGUGCUCCUCUUCGGGGGGUUCAAAGUCGACGCAGAGGCGGAUGAAAAAUAUAGCGGCAAAGAUGGCGGAGACGAUAGCGAAAGUGGUGAUAGCAGCAAUGGGCGCGACGGUAUGGGUACCGUCUGCAACGACGCCUAUCUGGUUCACAUUAAGAACGAGAAAGUGGAGUAUGAAAUGUUAAGGAGCAAAGUUAAGCCCCAAUGCAGGUGCUACCACAAUUCAUGUACUUUGUUGGAAAACUAUGUUGUCAUUUUUGGUGGGCUAAACAGUGAAGUGCCCUUUAUAGCACUUAAUGACUUGUGGAUUUUCAACAGCGCAAAUAAAACCUUUACGGAGAUAAAGUUGAUUUCCGCCGAUGAAGUGACUGAGGGAGUAGAGACAGCCCCUGGGUCUUCCAAAAGCGAAGCAGAGGGAGAUGAAGAAAUGUACGAUGGAUCGAAAUUGAGUGAAGAAGAAGAUUACACAAAAAUAGACACGGAAGACGACGGGAAUAAUAACAGUUACAUAUUGAAUAGUGUGCAUUUGAAAAAAUUAGGGAAAUAUCUGAACUGUGAGAAAGAUCAACUUGCUAGUCAGGGUAGCUGCGUUGUCCCUGCCCCGAGGUACUUCUCCAGCUUAGACCUAUACGUAAGUAAGAAAGGGGCGGUGCAGGGGGCAUCCGUGGUUCAGGAAGUGGAGGCGGUAGAAGAAGCAGCCGACCAAGCGACAGAUGUAGCUGAAGACGACUCGGCGGAGGGAAAGAACCCAUUAAGCGUAAAAAACAAUAAAAUUGUCCUGAAGAAUGCAAACGCAUACGAAUAUUUCAGCCUCAUCCUAUUUGGGGGGUACGGCGGAUACGACAGAAGCAGCUUCAACGACCUGUAUGAAUACGACAUUUUAAGAAACCAGUGGAUUCUACGAACGUGCAAAGGUAGCACCCCAUCGAAUAGGUACGGACAUGUGUCCUUCAUCAAUGAAAACAAUUUAUUCAUUUUAGGUGGAACAAAUUCUGAAAUCAGCUUUAAUGACAUGUAUGCCUGUAACUUGAGAAACAACGAAUGGUCCGAAAUCGACUUUUCCUACUCCUUCAAUGUGUCAAAAGUAUUUUGCAGAAGCGUGAUGGUGGAGUCGAUAGACAGAAAUAUCAUUUUCAUUUUCGGGGGGUACAACAUAGUUAGUGAUGAAAAAGGGAAUCGAAAAAUAGAGUACAGCAACGCAGAGUUGAAUAUGUUAAAAUUGUAUGACACAUUUAAGUUGGAAAAUUUGAAAUACACCGUGCUUAGAAGUAAGGAUGCUGAAACGGGUUCUGCAUCUACCGGAAUAGGAACUCCCACCAUACCCACAACAGCUAGCAACACGCAAAAUGGAUUCGCAACAAGUAAAUACGGGAACAACCAAAUCAGCCAAGUGGAUAAAUUAAAAGUAACACCAAGGGCAGAAACUCACGAACAAGAUGACACAACCACCAAUAUCAACUUAUGCUCAAUCACGUACGAUUCUAUAGAUGCAAAUUUGAUCAUCACAGAUUCGAAGCAGAAAAUUUAUGUGAUAAAUAUAAGUAGAAUUAUAGGACCCAAGUAUGCCAUUUUUUCCCUAAUGCCAAAAGACUGCGAUAUUGAAGGUGAGAAAAAAAUACUCUUGAAGGGAAAAGGAUUUAUGAACGAAGGAAAAAUAAGUAUAAAAUAUACAUCUGAUGAUGUCGACCUUUUCAGUGAAGGAAUCUACAUUAAUGAGAAUUACAUCUACACCAUUGUACCUAGUGCAAAGGACAAAAUUAAAAACAACAUCUGUCAUGUUCACCUUUCCAUCAACGACAAAUGCUACACCACUAAUAAGUGCUUGCUGGAGUAUUACUACAAUAUAGAUCCAAAAAAGACCCUGAUUUUUGGGUCUGGCUUGUUAGAACCCAUCUGUUUAAAAGAACCCAAUAUUUUCUUUCUCAUAGCUAGAAACUCCUUGAACGAAAAAAAAAAAAUAGGAGGAGAUAAAUUCCAGAUAAGUAUCACUUAUGAACAGGAUGGAAUUCACCACGACGUGAAAUACACCCUGUAUGAUGUUAACAAUGGGUUUUACAUCGUCAAGUACUUCCCUUAUGAGGAAGAGGGGGUGGCGAAGGAUGCCACCCUUCCCGCCAUUCGGGGGGAAGAAGAAGUGGACCCUACCCAAGGAAAUUCCAACAUAGCGCCAGCUAGCGGAACCUCGGAUGUGGGAGUGGCGGAAUCGCCAGAAGCUGAGGGAACAUUGCUGGCAGAGGAAGCGGAGAAGGAGGAAAAUCGGGGAAAGGGGGAAAUGGACCAAGCAGAUGAACCCAUCGUAAGCGCGGAAGAUCCUCCAAUUACCACAGGAAUCAUCCACAUAUCGGUGAAGCUGAAGGGGGAAGACACCCAAAACAGCCCCUUCGCCCUGAAGGUAUACAACCGAGUAACAGAGAAAGCCACAUUCGUGAAAAAAUUUAUCAACGAUCGGUUAGAAGAUUUAAUAAAAAAAGGAGAACACGUUCUCAAUUUGAUCAGAAACAAAGACCUGAGCACCGCCAACCUGAUAGAGCUAAACGUUAGCAUUGAAAACUUCCUGAACAAUUUCUCCAAAUCUAUAUAUGACAUAAAUACCAUUGAACAGUACAUACUAUAUGGGUCCAUCGAUGCAAAGAUGAUGGAGCCAAUACUAGGACAGGUGCACAGGGAGGAGAACUUGGUGGACGCCUCUCUGGAAGACGAGUCUUUCAUCGAGAGGUAUAUCGACGAAUUGAUAAACGGUCAAAGUGGCUUAAUGGGUCUAACAGGAGAGAGUGAUCCAAGUGGAAAAAGCGGCACAGAGGGAACCGCACCAGACUCCCCCGCGCAGGAUGCAAGUAGCGCCUUACUGAAGGUGAAGGACAACGAAGGAAUUGUCAACUUUAUCGAUUCAAGCAAAAUGAAAUUCGUGGACUGCACAGAGGCCAACUUGGUGAAGAGGCUAAAGAGUUACAUUGCGCUUCUGAACAGCGAGGAGUCCAGUCUGCGGAGCAGGAAGGAGGGAAAGAGGAACGACGGUGGGGUAGGGGAUACCUCCCUCGGGAAAAACGCUCUAGGGGAUUCCUUGGAGGAGUGCCCAAGCCAGGGAGAGGAUAACCAAAUAGAAGUGAUAACAAAUUUGCUGAACUUGUACCACAAGCUGAAAUCCGUGUGCAUCUGUAAAAAGGAAAAAGAGUUAAAGGAAGAAUUCUUAAAGGAAGAAAAGGAAAGCAUAAAAACCAUGAAACUUAACUACAACAAAUUUGUAAACAUAAAAAAGAAUUUGGAAACUUCGAGCGUCUAUACACAUAGCAGUGGAUACGAAGGGUCACUGAAGGAGCUGGAAAAUAUGAAAAAGUACGUAGAAGAAAUCAAAGAAGAAGUGGCAAAGGUAGAACAAAUUUCAAAGAACAUCGUAAAAAUAGACAACGUAGAAGAGUUAAGCAAAGACAUAGACAAUUUAGAGAAAGAAAUUGAUGAAAUAGAAAAAUUAUGGAUGUUCAUAAAGAAAAAGGAUCAAGUGCUUAACGGGUUCCUUUUCUCUACAUUUAACGAGUUAGAUGUAGAAGAAUUCGACAUGCAAAUGAAAAACCUGCAAAAUGAGUUUAAGAAAAUAAAAGUGGAUAGGAAACAUAAUAUUUGGAAAGAAGAAAUGACCAAGCUGAAGGACACUAUCAAAUUUGUAUCUGUCAUAAGUGAAUUGAAAAAAACAUUCAUUAAGGACAGACAUAUAAAAGAGAUAGAAGUUAGUAUCAAUGAGGAGAGAUCCAAAGAAAACCAAGAACCAAUAAAUCUUCUCAUCGAUGAAAAUACACUCACAAUCUAUUUUUACAAGCUAAAUGUGAUAAAGUACCAUGAGUCUAUAGAAGAAGUUAUCAUCAAAGCUUACAAUGAAAAAAGCAUAGAAGAGAUAAUACAGAAAUUUGAAGACUACUGGGAUGGUAUUUAUUUUAAGCAUAAAGAUUAUAAAAAUGGAAUAAUCCUUACAUAUAUUGAUGAUAUGUGCAUAGAAACCAUAGAGGAACAUCAAAUGAGUCUCCAAAACUGUUUUUCAUCCAAGUACUUCCUCUUCUUCUCAUCGGAGCUAAACAUUUGGCAAAAAAAAAUCACCAAUAUUUACGAAGUCAUUUUGCUACUGAAAGAUAUAGAGAAGCUCUGGAUGUAUCUUCAAAAUAUGUAUGUCUAUUCAGAGGAAGUAAAAAAGGAACUCCCCUUGUACUCUAAAUUUUUUCUGAUAAUCAAUGAUGAAUAUUUGGAGAUGUUGAAGCAAAUUAUAGGCAACAACACCAAGGUCGUGGACUUUGCUAAUGACGAGGGCAUUAUAGAAAAGUUAGAAGAAUUAAAGAGCAAGUUGUGCAAAAGUGAGAAGCCUCUAAAUGAGUAUCUUGACUCUAAGCGGAAAUCUUUUCCUAGGUUUUUUUUCAUAUCAUCUACCGACUUGAUAGACAUUCUCUCCAAUGGGAACAAUUUCAAACUCGUGAACACCCACGUGCAGAAAAUUUUUCUCUCCAUUCGGAGGUUCGUAACGCGCGGGGAGGUCCUUACGGAAUAUGAAAUGGGGAACGAAGUUAAUUUGGGCGGGCCCACAGACGCAGCGUCACAACAGGGGGGAGACAGUCCAGACGAUCCUCCACAUGCUGGUGAGGAUCCCCCUGUGGAGGCCCAAAAUGAGGUAAUCACGAAGCUGAUCUCCUCUUAUGGAGAAGAAAUAUGCAAAUUCCACGAACCGCUAGUGCUCAAGGGAAAGGUCGAAUGCUACCUGAACGACAUCAUAAAGCACAUCAAGUACACCCUCAAGUAUUACAUUGCAAAUUUAUUCAAAUUAAAACACAUGUACAAUACGGAGAAGGACAAAUGGAUAGACCAAAAUUAUCUAUCGCAAGUUUUUAUCCUUUGUAAUUCCAUCUUUUUUGUUCAUGACGUUGAAAAUAUUCUACGCAAGGGAGAUUCAAAUGUCAAGGAACAGCUGAAGACUUACUAUAAGAACCACAUCACUCAACUGGAAAAUGUAAUUAAAAAAGUUCAAAAAAAGCUGAGUGUGAAAAAUAGAAUAAAAAUUAUGUGUAUAAUUACUUUGGAUACUUUCUACAGAGACAUUCUGGAGGUCAUCCUAAAAAAUAAAAACUGCAUUUCGAUAAACAUGUUUGACUGGCAGUCGCAAAUUAGGAUGUACCCCUAUUUUAAUGAUAAGACCACUACUAAUUCUUCAUCUUGGGGGAAUACCAACUCGUAUGGACAAAGUCACGGAAUAGGAGAGCAUGAAAAAGUAACUGAGGAGAUAAAACAAAGCGGAGAGACAGAUCCCACAGUAGAUAUAACAAAGAAAGAUAUGAAUCAAUUCAUGGGAAACCAUACAGAUGAUAAAAACAUUUAUGAAGAGAACUCUCUAAACUUCAAGCAACUUUAUAUAAAAAUAAAAAUCAUGGACUGUUCCUUUAACUAUUCAUAUGAUUAUAUUGGCAAUUAUCAAAGGCUAGUCAUUACUCCAUUGACUAGCCGUAUAUACAUCACAGCUACGCAGGCUCUAAGUCUCUAUAUGGGAUGCGCUCCAGCUGGUCCUGCAGGUACUGGAAAAACUGAAACAACGAAAGACUUGUCCAGCUUCUUUGGAAAAAACUGCUACGUCUUCAAUUGUUCUGAUCAGCUUGAUUACAAAAGUAUGGGAAAUAUAUUUAAGGGAAUUGGUAGCACCGGAUGUUGGUGCUGUUUUGACGAAUUCAAUAGACUCAUCCCAGAAGUUCUGUCUGUGUGUUCUAUUCAAUUUAAAUCCAUCCUGGACUGUAAACGUAAUAAUAAUAAUGUGUGCAUUAUAGGGUCCGAUGAAAUUAUCGUGAAGAAAAACUGCGCCGUAUUUAUCACCAUGAACCCAGAUUAUUUGGGGAGAUCUAAAUUACCAGAGAGCCUAAAAAUUCUUUUCAGGCCCAUCACUGUCAUUGUUCCAGACUUUAAUAAAAUUUGUGAAAAUAUGCUCAUGGCUGAGGGGUACGUAGAUGCCAAGUACUUGUCCAUAAAAUUUACUACCUUCUUUGAACUGGCGCAAAGUCUACUGAAGGAGAAGCAUUGUGACUGGGGACUGAGAAGCAUUAAGAGUGUUCUCACAAAAGCAGGGUUCCUCAAGAGGACCUACCCUGACUUGGACGAAAAUAAAUUGCUCUACUCUGCCAUACACGAUAUUAAUAUCGCGAAAAUAUCUGCCUCCAAUUGCCCCGUCUUCUCCGGGCUCCUCAACGACAUAUUCUUUUCCCACCAGGGGGGUAGUAUAACCGAUGCUAACAACAAUAAGUCGAACGAUGCGGUGGAAAAAUUAGCCAAGGAUGCGUCUGAUGUGGCUGAAGAGAAGGUGGAAGGGCAUGAACAAGUCGUCAUGGAGAACAUCGCCAAUAGCGUGGCUAACACUCCUGUGAAUCCGACCGCGGGGGAAUUCCACCAGGACGGGAUAGAAGAGGAGUUGAUGGAGAUCUGCAAGAGAAACCAUCUGUUCGGGCUGAAUUACUUCGUUAAAAAAAUAAUGCAACUCAACGAUAUCAUAAACAUAAGGCACUGUGUAUUCAUCAUGGGAGAAGCGGGGUGCGGAAAGACGACCCUGUUCAACAUGCUAAUGGAGUACCAAAAGCAACAGAAGCUAAAAACAGUGAGCAUCAGAAUUAAUCCCAAGUCGAUCAGUAUAGAUGACUUGUACGGAAGCGUACAUAUAAAAACGAGGGAAUGGAAAGAUGGGGUGUUCUCUAAAUAUAUGAGAAACUACUCAAAGAGAGAAGACUGUGACAAGGCGUACAUCAUCUUCGAUGGGAACCUGGAUUCCCACUGGAUAGAGAAUAUGAAUUCCGUGAUGGAUGACAACAAAGUGUUAACUCUAUCGUCGAACGAAAGAAUCUUGUUGAAAAAUCACAUGAACUUAGUGUUUGAGUUUAGCGACUUAAUGUUUGCAACACCAGCAACCAUAUCUAGAGCAGGAUUGGUCUACUUCUCCGUAGACCCGAAUGAUCUUUGGAAAAAUUACUUCCUCUCAUGGAUUGACAAGCAUGACAAUUUUAAUUCCACUGUUAAAAAGGCCUUUGAAAAAUUAAUGUACAAAUAUGUAGAACCCACUUUUAACUACCUAACCACGGUGAACACUUCCGUUAAAGUGUCGCCUAUCUCGCACAUUCAAUCAUUAGCAGCCUUGCUAGACAUCCUGCUAAAGGAUAACAAUUUCGAGAGCAUGGAACACUAUUUCGUGUAUGCAGUCAUAUGGUCCUUUGGAAGUUUCCUGGGGGAGAAAGACAAUGCAAAUUAUAAAAAGAGUUUCGAUAAAUAUUGGAAAAAUACUUUUAAAAGCAUCAAGGUGAAUAGGAAAAUAAGUGUGUUCGAUUUUUUCAUAGAAGGUAAUAAAUUUAAAGAGUGGGAAGAGAGCGAAAUAAAGAAUCAAGUGAACCCAAGUGAUCUUCUCCAGGAUGACAUAUUUGUCGAAACGGUGGAGAGCUGUUCGUACAAGUAUAUAAGUAAACUGUUCCUCAAGUCGAAAAUGCCCAUUUUAUUUAUUGGGAAAACAGGAGUAGGAAAAACUCUGCUGUGCAAACAAAUUUUAAGUGAAGAGAAAGAAGAAUACAAAACCUUCUACAUGAUUUUCAACUACUACACCAAUUCUAAAAAUGUGCAGUGCUUAAUGCAAAGUUGUUUGGAAAAAAAAUCUGGCAAACAGUUUAGCCCCCCUUUUCAACAGAAACUAAUUUACUUUAUCGAUGACAUUAACAUGCCCCGGUGUGAUGAUUACAACACACAAAGUGCCAUAGAACUUUUAUGUCAAUAUAUUGAUACGAAUUCUUGGUUUGAUUUGGAAAAAUUAAACCUCAUCAAAAUAGCGAAUACAAAGUUGAUGUCUUGUAUGAAUUAUAACAGGGGCAAUUUUACCGUGAACCCAAGAUUGUUACGACACUUUUUCAUCCUAAAUAUUAGCUUCCCUGAAAAUAACACUGUUAACAGUAUUUUUAGUGUCCUCCUGAAGGGACAUUUCAAUACCUUCAAACAGGACGUAGCGGACUUAGUGCCAUCUAUCCUAAAAUCCACAAUUUCCCUGUUCUAUAAUAUAGAGAAAACGUUUAAAAGAACAGCAACCUAUUUCUACUAUGAGUUUAACCUACGAGAUAUUCACAGUAUUGUGAAGGGGUUACUUAGUGCACAACCGAAUACCUUCCAAGAUUGCGAUAAGUUACUCUUCCUUUGGCUACAUGAAUGUGAAAGGGUCUACUCGGACAAGCUAAACAAGGGAGAUAAAAAGAAAUUCAAAACACUCAUCAUCGAUAUAGUGAAAAAAAUGUACAACAAAUAUGAGAUUAACAAAUUUGUCAUGAACAAUGAUAAGUCCUUAAUUUUUUCAAACUUCCACAAAGGAGGUACUACCUCAGGUGGAUACAACGACAAGGUCUACGAUAUGUGCAAAAAUUUUGAAGAACUUACUGCAUACUUAACAGAGGAACUAAACGAAUACAACAGUUUUUAUAAUCUAAAUAUAGUCCUCUUUAAUGACGCAAUCAGGCAUAUUUGUAAAUUAAUCCGAAUUAUAGAUAAUUUAAAAUCACAUGCUCUGUUGCUAGGAAUUGGUGGAUGUGGGAAGACAACCAUCUCCAAGUUCUCCUCAUACAUUUCUUCGAAGAGUUUUUUCGAGAUGGACUUCUCUGCACACUCCACAGAUAAUGAUGUGAAGAAAUAUCUGCAAAAUAUUUUUUACAAAUGCGGCAUGAAAAAUGAAGAUAUAAUUUUAUUCCUCAAGGAGAGUAAAAUUCAUGAUAGCUUCUUCAUAUACGUGAAUGAAUACAUGUGCUCAAAAAAUAUCAUCGACUUGUAUACAAAAGAGGAGAAAGAUUACAUUGUUCAGAACAUGAGGAAUAUUGCCAAAGCCGAAGGGGUUCAGGAGACUGACAGUAGCAUAUUCGAAUACUUCCUGAAGAAGGUCAAUGAGAAUUUGCAUUUCAUUCUUUGUUUUUCUCCAACGAGCAACAAUUUUAGAGACAAAUCAAACAACUUCCAGUGCAUACUCAACAACACAAUGAUUGAUAUUUACGACAACUGGGAGUCUGAUUCUCUCCUCUGUGUGGGACAAAACUACGUAAGCAACAUCUACAUGAACAUGCACACGGGGGAUAUAGAACUAAGUGAGGAGUGCCUAGAGGGGGCGCCACAGAACGGAGAAGGAGUGUCCAUCACGGCCACCCCCCAAGAAGAGCACGUCAACCUGAAGGGCAUCGUGACGGAGUAUCUGAAGGAAUGCUACGAGGAUCUACUCCAAAUCGCUUCCAACUACUAUGCCCAAGAGAGAGCCCAUAUCUACAUCACCCCCAAGCUUUACCUGGAGAGCAUCAAGACCUACCACAUGAUGCUCCUAAAAAAUAUCACGAGCAUAAGCAAAAAAAUGGAUAUGCUUAAAAGUGGAAUAACCAAAAUGAACGAAACGAGCGCAAAUGUGGAAAACAUCAAAAAUUGCCUCAAGGAAAAAAAAAAAAUAUCGGAGGAGAAAAAAGAAGCUUCAGAAAAAUAUGCCAUAGACAUUGGAAAUGAAAAGAUGAUCGUUAAGAAAGAAAGCGAUUUGGCAGACAUAGAAGAACAAAAAUGUCUGGAAAUACAAAAAACUGUCCUAAAACAGCAGGAGGAAUGUGAAAAUGAUAUAGCCUUGGGUAUUCCCCUCAUAGAACAAGCCGAAGAAGCGUUGAACACAUUGAAUAAAAAAAAUAUACAAGAAUUGAAAACGCUAAAUAAACCUCCUCCAGGAGUAGAAGACAUAACCGCAGCAGUUAUGCAGUUACUAGCCACAAUCGAUACGACUAUCUCUGUAGAUAAGUUUGGAAAAAUUAAAGAUAGGAGUUGGAAGUCGGCUCAGAAAAUGAUGAUUAAUCCAGAAAAGUUUAUCUCCCUACUUAAGGACUACAAAAAUAAGAUUGACGAAAAUUUAGUUCCAGAUUGCAACUUCAAAUAUGUAGAGAAUUUAAUUAACCUUCCUCAUUUUAAUAAAAAUGCGAUUCAGAAAAAAUCCAAAGCUGCUGCAGGGCUAGCUGAAUGGGUUCUAAAUGUUACAUCGUUCCAUAAAAUUAUACAGAAUAUUUUACCCAAGAGAACACUCCUAGAAAAUACGAAAAAAAGUUUGGAAGAAGCCAAUGAAAAGUUGCAAACAGUACGAGAAAAAGUGCAGUCCCUGAAGGCACAACUGAGCACUCUUAUAAGCCAAUAUGAUCACGCUUUAUACGAAAGAGAUCUUGUCAUUUUGGAAGAAAAAAAACUUAAAACCAAGUUGGAAUUAUCCAUCAGAUUGAUAGACGCUUUAAGCAGUGAACAAAUAUCAUGGUCCAAUCAGUAUGAAGCCUUGAAGAAGAAAAAAAAAACCAUCCUCACGGACAUACUCUUGUCUUCCACUUUUGUCACCUUUUGUGGGGGAUUCACCAAAAAGUACAGAAACAAAAUUAUGACGAAAUGUGUUGAGACCUUAAAUAGGAAGAACCAGAUUCAGAACGAGGUCUUUAGCGAAGUGCUUAAGAAGAUGCAAAAGGGAACUGAGAAGGAGAAGUCAGCCAAGGCUAACGCGGAAAAGGAGUGCAAGGGUGCUUCCAUUGCGGGUAGUGUCGUGGGAAGAAAUAACAACGGUGUAGAACAAACAGGAGCUGAUGAUGCACUACACAGAGGUGAUGCUUCUCCAUCCGCGGAGGACUCUAAGGAAGACCUACCAUACGACAUUUUCUCAGUGAACACCUUUAACUUGGAUCUCCUAAUAAACGAAGAAACCCUUUCUAAGCUGAGCAAACAGGGCUUAACCCUAAAUUCUGUGUGCAUAGAAAAUAACCUGAUCCUAGAAAACAGCGAAAAAUUUCCUAUCAUUAUAGAUCCUCAAAUGGAAAGCCUCAAAUGGCUAAUCAACAGCCAAAAGGAGAAAAGCGAAAAGUUAAUAAUCACAGAUAUAAAUGACAGUAUGCUUUUUAAAAAAAUAAUAGAAUGUCUCUCAUUUGGCUACUCCAUAAUUAUUGAAAAUGCUGAUGAAAAUAUUGAUAACUCUCUCUAUAACAUUAUAUCAAAGAAUAUAAUAAGGAGAAAAGAUAAUUAUUACAUUAAUAUUAACGACAAGGAAUACGUUUUCCACCCCUCGUUCUACAUCAUCCUGCAUACUCAGUUGUCUAAUCCGCAUUACCAACCGGAGAUCCAAUCAGCCUGCUCACUCAUAAAUUUCACUGUAACGCCGGACGAUCUAGAGGAGCAUCUACUAUCCAUCACAUUAGAAAACGAAUUCAAUCACUUGUCCAAAAAAAGAAAAAAAUUAUCCUUACUUAAGUAUGACUACAUGUGUCAACUGUCUUUUCUCCAAUCCUCCAUCUUACAGAAGCUAACUAAUGCAAAGGGAGAUAUACUGGAAGAUGUAUCCCUCAUUGAAAACUUAGAAACCACCAAAUUGCUCAGUGAAAACAUUACUAAAAAAACAGAAAUCGUGAAAAGUACAGAAGUGCAUAUCAACACCAUCAUCAAUUUGUAUAGACCCUUGUCCAGACGGGGGGUCAUGUACUUCUUCAUCCUUCAGAAGCUCAAAAACAUUCAUUCCUUUUACUUUUACUCGUUGGAGAUUUUCUUGAAGAUCUUUAUCAAGUGCCUCAAUGACUGUGCUCACUUCAGGCCACCCAACAGUGGCCCCCAGCCAAGGGCCAAGAGCCGCCGCAAGAGGGUUAUAGGCGCCAAACUGGAAGUAACGCAGAAGGAGGAGGAGUCAACUGAACCGAACCCUAUCGCCAGUCCCGUCGAACCGAACUCUAUCGCCAGUCCCGUCGAACCGAACCCUAUCGCCAGUCCCGUCGAACCGAACCCUAUCGCCAGUCCCGUCGAACCGAACCCUAUCGCCAGUCCCGUCGAACCGAACCCUAUCGCCAGUCCCGUCGAACCGGAAGUUAUCGCCAGUCCCGUCGAGACAGAAGUUAUCGCCAAUACAAACGAACAUGAUAGUUCCGUCAGCCCAACUGAGCAAGAAGGGGUUAACAACCAAGUUGAGACAAAGGAAGAAGGAACAGCCGAAAAUCCAGAAGCAGCGGAAGUAGCCGUCGAACCAGAAGGGGGCAUGAACCCAACAGAACCCGAAGUUGUUGCUAACCUAGAUGAACUGAAAGAAAAAGAAACAACUGAAAAAGUAGAGGAACCCGAAGUAGCAGUCGAGAUGGCGGAACAAGAAGCAAUCGCCAAUUUGGAUGAGCCGAAAGAAGAGGAAACAGAAGAAAAACAAGAAGAACCUGAAGUGCCAGCCGAACUGGCCGAAUCAAUCGAACCGAAAGUGGUUGCUAAUCCAGGAGAACCGGAACCUGCCGCUACUCAGCCUGCACUUGAAAAUGAUGCAAGUCCAAUCGAACCCGAACCUGUCACUGCGAUCGAUGCAGAGGAACAAGGAGCGAAUGUGAACCCAGUCGAAUCAGAAUCUGCUGUAGACCCGGCAGAAUCAGAAUCGGUUGUAAAUCCAGUCGAAGCAGAAGUUGUCGUCAAACCAGAACAGACCGCCACUGCUGAAGUGGAGACCCCUCCCAGCGCGCAAAAGGGAGACGAAGACCCCAAGAAGGAAGACAUGGAUAUCACGAUCCUAGAGAAGAAUGAGUUAAGUGUCAAUGAAUCGGGUGACAGCGAGUCGGAUAGCACCGAAUUCGAAAGUGAUGACUUGGACGGAGAAGAUGCGCAGAGUGAAGAAACAAAGAUAGAUAAAAACGAAGUGCAGAAGAGAGUGAAUGUACUAAUCAGUCUUCUAAUCGAAAAAAUGUGGAUGUACAUCGAUAAGGGUCUCCUAGAGAGAGACAAACUUAUCGUGAAGUGCCUCAUCAUGUUAAACCUGGAGAAGCUAAACGGAAAUAUUAGCCAAGAGGAGGAGGAUAUGUUUAUAAAUCCAAAGUGUAAACUAAAAGCAAGCCAAAAAGAAAAUGAGGGACGAGAAAAAAAAAUGAUCAAUAAGUCUUUCAUGAGUGAAGACCUAUAUCAAGAUUGUAAAAACUUAGAAAAUUUGAAGGAAUUUGAUAAUCUUACAGAGAGUUUAGAAAGCGAGAGCAUGUCAUGGAAGCAGUGGUUCCUUAGUGACAAGGUAGAGAAUGAGGAACUUCCUAGAAAGUAUAACAACUUGAAGGAUUUCUCCAAAUUGCUACUUAUAAGGGUUUUGCGGAAGGAUAGAUUCCCUGUGGCACUGAAAAACUACAUCCAGACAAAUAUCAAAAUGACCAAUGAUGAGAAGAACACAUACGCGCUGGACAAAAUCCUUGAGGAGUAUAUCGACAACAAGACACCAGUGUUGUUUCUGCUAACACCUGGAAAUGACCCUUCAAAGGAUAUAGAGGAAUACGUAGCAAAGCUGAAGAGAACAAAAGGAAGGGGUGCGAACAGUGGCAAAAAAGGGGACAACACAAAUGGGGAGCUGUACAGGGAAGAAACCAUUUCCUAUGUUAACAUCUCCAUGGGACAAGGACAGGAGAGUAUUGCGCUAAAGUAUCUGAAGGAGACAUCCAAAUCAGGGGGAUUCAUAUUCCUGCAGAAUAUCCACCUCAUGACCAAAUGGCUAAAAGAAUUUGAAGAAAUUCUCGACAAAAUAUUAACCGAUGCGCAUCCGAAUUUUCGCCUAUUUUUAUCAUCAGCCAUUCCUUCCGAAAAAGACACCAAUCUGUUACCGGAAAAAUUAUUAAAAAAAUGCUUCAGAAUUAAUAAUGAAAAAUCUUUUAGCCUAAAGGAUAACAUUAAAUGUUCAUUGGAGAAAUUCCAAAGUAGAGACUACGACGAUAAGCUGAAAAAUGUAAUUUUUGGUCUCUCCUAUUAUCACAGCUUGUUAUUGGGAAGGUUUCUAUACGGGAAAAUUGGAUUCAGUCAAUCCUAUUCCUUCAACGAUAAUGAUCUCGAAAUCUCUUUUAAUAUAAUCAAGAGGUAUUUGGAGAGUUACAACACUUUUCCUCUUGCUGAUGUUCUCUUCCUCAUAGGGGAAAUAAUUUAUGGAGGACACAUCACGGAUAUAUGGGACAGACGCAUAAACAAGACGUACGUCAAAAAUGUUCUGAAGGAGAUAUACAAAAAUGUAGUUGCCAUUAAUGGUCGCGCGGUUAGUGGGGAGGUGCAGGAUAUAGAAAAAGGAGACGACGAAAAUGAUGCAGAUGAUGAGGGCCAUGAGGAAAACAGCCCUGUGGGGGAGAAUGACACAAACGGGCGCGAUGCCACACACGGAAAGAAGCCCGAGAACCGCCGUGGAAACGAUGAUGAGGACGAAAUGGAUGAGCAAGCAGUCCUUAAGGACACCAGGACGAAUAUCCUCUUUGAAUUAUUCAAAUUUCCUGACUGUACGAAAUACAGCAUAGCCCAGUUAAAAAAAUAUGUUGAUGAAAAAUUGAACAAAGAACAGACCUGCUUGUUGGGUCUCCACGUGAACGCAGAAAUAGAAUACAUGAAAAAUGAGUGCUCCCGAAUCUUGCAGAAUUUACAAGAAAUCAGUAGUCGGGAUAUUUCCUCCUCGCAGGGUUCUUAUGAAAAGGGAUCAAAAACAGAUGUGACGGGAAAUGCCGUUGGAAGCAACCCCGAUGAAAGUACCCUUGGGAAUAAAGAGGGAAGUCACUCCACUGAUGGAAGAAAAGAUGAUGGAAAGCGCCCUAAAGAGUCAGACGAAGCAGGAAAGAAGGACCGCCAUAAAGGAGAGACAGAAACGGAAAGUGGAAAAAAUGAAACCACUAAAAUUAUAUACGAUAUCAUUAAUAGACUCUUAAAUGAACUCCCAGAAAAAAUAGAUAUAAGUGAUCUGAAAAUAGAAGACACAGAGACGAACACAUUUAUGGUCAUUGCAUUGAAGGAAUCCGAAAAGUUCAAUGCACUCAUUGAUUGUAUCUACGACAGCUUGGUGGAGAUUAAACUAGUGCUCGAUGGUAUACUAAAUAUGAACAAUAAAAUACAACUUAGCAUCAAGGCUUUGCUGCUACAUAACAUCCCAGAAAUUUGGAAGAGCUUUUCUUAUCCGUCCAAAAAAAAAUUAUUGCCAUGGUUUGAGGAUUUCAAAUUGAGAGUAACUUUUUUACAAGAAUGGAUUGCAAAAAUAAGAUGCAAUAUUUUCUUGCCCAAUUCUGUAUGGCUAUCAGCUCUAUUCAACCCGAUUUCCUUUCUCACCGCUAUUAAACAGAAGUUCUCGCAUGAGAAUAGAGUUCCUAUCGAUAAGCUAAAGCUCAAGUGGCAUGUCACAAAUAUUACCAAGGUGGAAGAUCUAAACAAUAAAAAUAAUUCUUUGUACAUCCAUGGGUUGUUUCUCCAGGGUGCCUCCUGGUUUAUUAAUUCUCAAAAUGACUCCUUCACAUUUGACAUGGAUAAUUUGGCUGAUAACGUAUCCUAUGGCAAUUUAGUGGAGUCUGUGCCAAAGAACAUCUUCUUUCCCAUGCCGCUCGUCUACGUAUAUUGUGUCACGAAUGAACAGGACGAACAACUCGCCCGUGCAUCCGACGCCCGCUACCUUGAUACGCCCCUCUAUAUCACCUCGGACCGGGGAGGCACCUUCGUCUGCUCCGUCGAUUUGAACCUAGAAACGGAUGACAUCGAGGACAAGUGGAUUUUGGCAGGAGUUGCCCUCUUCCUGUCGGACGAAUAG